AUGGCAUUCUCAAAUAUGGAUCUUAACAAGCUGCCACCAGAUUUGGAUGAAGAUUUCUUGGAUGCAUUUGGUUUGGAUUAUGUGACCGGCAACCCUACCUUCUACACUCAAGUGCCUGCAAUUCCUGAAGUUUCUCAGCCUAAUGAUGAGCAUGUGAACCAGCAGAUUUUGCCUAGUUUUUCUGAAGUUGGUCAUGCUGGUUUAGCAGAGGCGGUUCUUGCAGUUUCAGAAGAGGUUAUUCCUACCGUUUCUAAGAUCAGAUUGUCAUUUGAACAGGCAAGGAUUGAGGACAGGAAUGAAGGUUCUACUGCUAAUCCUGUAGUUGCUGAUAAUGAAUUGAAUGGUGCUAGAAAUGAAGUAGCAGAAGAGGAGGAAGAGGUGUGGUCUACUCCUCAAAUGCCACACAAUGGGCUGUCUUUUGCAUCCUUGGACGAAGCAAAAGAGUACUACAACUCUUAUGCAAAGAGAACUGGCUUCUCGAUUAGAACAAACACGUCAUGCCGGUCCGCAAUCACAAGAGAAAUGCAAAAGAUCCAGUUCGUGUGCAAUAAGGAAGGCUUUGGCAAGAAAAGGAGAGUUGCUGCUCAGCUUGUUGAUGCUAUCACUUGCUACUCUGACAAUGAUGAAGUCGAAGAGGAGGAUAGCGCACAAGAGGAAGAGGAUGAUCAAGGGGAGAAGAGGAAGAUGCUUGACGGAUCAAUAGAAGAGGAGGAAAACUACUGGCAUGACACAUUCCGAAACGACCAGGUUGUGACUGGCAUGACCUACCAGACGAGAAGCACUGACCCAUGCUAUGCUUUACAGGUGAAGCUGUCAAAUGGGCAGAUGGCUGACCUGAUACCUUGGUGCCUGCCCAACACAGCCAAGAGGCACAAUCAGUGGAAAGGGCUGUACGGGAGGCUGGACUGGGAAGGCAACUUCCCCACAUCUGUCACAGACCCCCAGCCAAUGGGCAAGGUCGGCAUGUGCUUCCACCCUGACCAGGACAGGAUCAUCACGGUCCGGGAAUGCGCUCGGUCUCAGGGCUUUCCUGACAGCUACGAGUUUGCGGGCAACAUCCAGAACAAGCACCGCCAGAUUGGCAAUGCUGUGCCCCCGCCUCUUGCCUAUGCGCUCGGGAGGAAACUGAAGGAGGCCGUUGACAACAAACGUCAGGAAGCUGGCGUGGGUGUGCCUGCACCAUGA